GUAAAUAGCAGUGUUUGUGACGUUCGGGUUCAAUUUCGCCGGAGAGAACGAAGUGUAGUAUCUUAAGAGCAGAUUUGUAUAUAUUUUUUGGACGAACAACAAUGAGGGAGAUUCUUCAUUUACAAGCAGGACAGUGUGGCAACCAGAUUGGUGCCAAGUUCUGGGAAGUAAUUAGUGAUGAGCAUGGGAUUGACCCAACAGGCAGUUACCAUGGUGACAGUGAUCUUCAGCUAGAAAGGAUUAAUGUCUACUACAAUGAAGCUACUGGUGGGAAAUAUGUCCCCCGUGCUGUGCUGGUGGAUUUGGAGCCGGGUACCAUGGACUCUGUGAGGUCUGGACCAUACGGACAAAUUUUCAGGCCAGACAACUUUGUUUUUGGAAAAAGUGGUGCUGGUAAUAACUGGGCCAAGGGCCACUACACAGAAGGUGCUGAGCUGUUGGACUCUGUAUUGGAUGUGGUGCGUAAGGAGGCUGAGAACUGUGACUGCCUGCAGGGUUUCCAGCUUACUCACUCCCUGGGUGGGGGUACUGGGUCAGGCAUGGGCACCCUGCUCAUCAGCAAAAUCCGAGAGGAGUACCCUGACCGCAUUAUGAACACCUUCAGCAUUGUCCCCUCCCCCAAAGUAUCCGAUACAGUGGUGGAGCCUUACAAUGCCACCCUGUCAAUUCACCAGCUGGUGGAAAACACGGAUGAGACAUUUUGCAUCGACAACGAAGCUCUGUACGACAUCUGUUUCCGCACCCUGAAGCUCACAACACCGACAUACGGUGACCUCAACCAUUUGGUCUGUGCCACCAUGAGUGGAAUCACAACAUGUCUGCGGUUCCCUGGGCAGCUCAAUGCUGACCUGCGUAAGCUGGCUGUCAACAUGGUGCCUUUCCCUCGUCUCCACUUCUUUAUUCCUGGUUUUGCCCCACUGACCAGCAGGGGUAGCCAGCAAUACCGUGCCCUCACCGUGGCUGAAUUAACCCAGCAGAUGUUUGAUGCCAAGAACAUGAUGGCCGCUUGUGACCCACGUCACGGCCGCUACCUCACGGUGGCUACCAUUUAUCGUGGCCGCAUGUCCAUGAAGGAGGUGGAUGAGCAGAUACUCAAUAUGCAAAACAAGAACAGCAGCUACUUUGUCGAAUGGAUCCCCAACAACGUGAAGACUGCUGUGUGCGACAUCCCACCCCGUGGCCUAAAAAUGGCUUCCACCUUCAUCGGCAACAGCACUGCUAUCCAGGAGCUGUUCAAGCGCAUCUCCGAGCAGUUCACAGCCAUGUUCAGACGCAAAGCUUUCCUGCACUGGUACACAGGUGAAGGUGUGGAUGAGAUGGAGUUCACUGAAGCUGAGAGCAACAUGAAUGACCUGGUGUCAGAGUACCAGCAGUACCAGGAUGCAACUGCUGAAGAUGAAGGAGAGUUUGAGGAGGAGGGAGAAGAGGAGCAGGCUUAAAGAAUUUCAAUGAUGUGAUGUGUUCUUCUAAGGUCUUGGUCUAUUUAAUCCCAAUAAAACAUGUACUUUAACAA